UUACCAUAGUGUCUCCUAUAUGGAGGCAUUGAAAACAUUGUGGCGUGGCUGCUGCUAAGUAAUAGAUAAAAAAGUAAUAACAUAUAUAUAUAUUUUUAUCCCUACGGUUUGCGUAACGGCGUGGCCAAAUAACGGACAGGGUAUGAAAGGGACGCUACAAGAAACCUUUUCAAAACUUUAAAAAUACAUUUUGUUCUCUCUUCUGCCAUUAUAAAGUAAUCGCGGCAUCACGCAACGAAUACAACAAAUACAUUUAGAAGAAACGUGUCAACGUUCGUCAGCUAACUAAACGUUUAUCUGGUUAGCCAAGGACAGCUGGUUAACUAGGCUGCUCCUGCCCCUUCCUGACAUUACCUUGAUCUACCUGUCAGUCAUCACCGAGCUACACGGUGAAGAGAAGGAAGUGCGGAGGGGGGACGGCAGUGAACAUGACGGGACAGAAAGAUGUCGACAUACCCGAAACAGGAGCCAUCUUCACGUUUGGAAAGAGCAGUUUUGGUGACAACGUGCCUAGUAAAUUCUGGCUGAAGAAUGACCAGCCAUUGAGCGUUUCUUGUGGCGGAGAGCACACAGCUGUCAUCACAGAAAAUGGCAGGCUGCUCAUGUUUGGUGGUAAUACUUGGGGCCAGCUGGGGCUUGGGGUUAUGCCUGCUGCCGACAAACCUGCCUCUGUGAAAGCCUUAAAGUCUGAGAAGGUGAAGCUUGUAGCUUGUGGGAGAGAUCACACAAUCGUCUGCACAUGGCGAGGUAGUGUGUAUAGCGUUGGCAGUAACCGAGAGGGGCAGCUCGGUCUGGGUCACUGCAACAACACUGCAUCUUUUCGCCUGCUGCAGCCCUUCUGUGGACAUACACCGGUUAAAAUGCUCUCUGCAGGAUGCAACACCUCAGCUGCCUUAACAGUAGACGAUGGGAGGCUCUUCAUGUGGGGAGACAACUCUGUGGGUCAAAUAGGUGUAGGGGACGAGGGAUUUGCAGCAGAGCCCAGAGAGGUGAAUGUUGGGGAAGCAGUGAUGUGGGUCUCCUGUGGGUACCAGCACUCAGCCUUUGUCACAGUGGAUGGAGAUCUCUACACGUUUGGUGAGACUGCAAAUGGAAGGCUUGGCCUCCAGGUGGAGCAGUUGGCCAAUCACAGAGUUCCUCAGCGGGUGCAAGGGAUUCUGGGUCAUGUCACCCAGGUGUCCUGUGGAGGGGAACACACUGUGGCACUCACAAAGGAGAGCGUGUACACAUUUGGCAGGGGUCAGUAUGGUCAGCUGGGCCAUGGGACAUUUCUGUUCCAAGCUGAUUUGCCAAAACCACUGGAGCACUUUUGCAGUGGUAGCAUCAAACAUAUCACCUGUGGAGAGAACCACACUGCCGUGGUCACAAACAGUGGGCUUCUCUGCACGUUUGGUGAUGGACGUCACGGAAAACUGGGCUUAGGGGAGGAGAACUUCAUCAACCAGUUCAGCCCGACACUCUGCACACGUUUUCUCAAGUACAAUGUUCAGUUAGUGUCCUGCGGUGGUAACCACAUGCUGGUACUGGCUGCACCCAGACCACCAGAGAGCAAAGGAGUGGUGCCAGAGAAGGAUGUCACAAUCACAGAAAACUUUCUGGAAUUAAGUUACACAGAAGUUCAUCUGAUGGACACUUCGAUGGAUCCUAAUCGACUAAUCCCAUUGUCGGCCCCCUCUGCUCGAACCCGCCACAGAGAAAAAGGAAGCCCUGGGGAGCUUUUUGGAGAGAUGUUUCAGAACCUCCCACGUCUAAAUUCUGGCUUCCUCAACACCUCCUGGCAAACAUCCAGAAAUAUCCCCACUCCUAAAAUGCUUUCAAAGGACAUUUGUACCCCUUCAUCAUCCCCCAAACUACAAUCACGGGUUACACCAAGCCCACCACUCUCCUCCAGAUCUCUGUCUAAAUCCCCUCAGAGUCCAGUGCAGUCUUCUCAGCCAUCGAGCCCACAUUCUCAGUCAUUAAGCACAUUUCAUUUUAAAUCCUCUACUGCUGCUUCCUCUAAGUCUAAAUCAAAAGAGUUUCCUUCUCCCUUAGUGACAUCAAAGUCUGCAGUGAAACAUAAAACCAAGGCCUUAAUUGAAAAACUGUCAUCUCCUUUGCUACCUGAAGAACCCUGUAGCCCAACCAGACCCUCCAGUGAUGUUUCUCAUAAACAGCCCAGUGAGGAAGAGCAUCCUGCUUUACCACAAAAAGAGGGAGAAACUGCUCACACACAAAUUCUCAUAGAAGAUGUGGAGGAGAAUAUUUCUGAGAAAAAAGUUGACUCUGACUCAUGGCCAAAUAUGGGAACUAAAAAAGCCCGAACUCUAAGAAGAAAAGAGGCAGAGUCUAAUGAGAAGGCAGACCAAUAUUCUCAUAAGGCCUUACCCACAGAGCUCCUGAAAGACUCCAGCCCCUUGAGGAAAGAAGUGCCUCUACUGAAGAGCUCAAAGGGUCUGAAAAACUCCAGAGUCACAUCUAAAGGCAAAGAGAAUGUUACCAGGCCAACCAGUAAGAUCAAAACCCAUGAAGACAGACAAGCUCAAAUGGAACCCUCCCAUCUCAACUUACCACAAAAUAUAAGCAAGCUAUCCAAAUUGAGCCACAAAACUCCACAAACUAUCCAAAAGACAUUGACUGAAGCGCGGCAGAAACUGACCGACAUGAAGGAAAGUGCCAGAAGAAAUAGAAAUUUGAAAGACAGUAAUAUAAACAAGGAGGUUAUGAGAGGCAGUGGUUUUGAGAAAGAUUUGAUAAGAACACCAAACACAGAGAAAAAUACAUCAUCUUUGGCCGAGACAUCUCCUGUUAUUAUGGUCAGUAAAAGAAAUGAAACAACCAGUAUAUCUGUCCAGAGAAUUCCGACAUCCUUAGAAAAUAUUGCAAAGGAUCAUACAGAUAACCCCAACCUCAAACCUGUUGAAGUGGAGAUGCAACAGGAGACAAAGCAAGUUAAAUCAACUUCAACAAAGGAUGUGCACAAGGUUAAAUCCGCAUUGCAAAAAGGUCAGAGUAAAGCACUGAAUGUAAAAUCACCACCCAUGAAAAAAGAAACCACACCUGCUCAAGUUGAUACUAAGAAAUCCCUAAGUGUGAAAUCUACACCUGUGAGAGUUAAAGGCAAACCACAAAAGGUCACAUCCACACCGGUUCAAAAUCAAAUUAAACAUGCACAAAACAUCCCAGUUAAAGGUAAAAACAAAGGAAAAGUUGUUGAAAAUGAGUUAAAGUUUGCCAAGAAUGCAGCUCAGAAAAUGAAAGGUGAAAGUGCAGACAAGCAGCAGAUGCCUGGUGUUGACAGCUGUGGUGCAAAGGACAAAAAGAAGUCAAAAGAAUCUAAACUGAAGGCAAAGACAAAGCCAGGUGGAGAAGGAGAGCAAGUCGGAGUUAAAGGAGAAUCUGAUGGAGACGCUAAGCCGAGGAGUAAGCAGACUGAAUCUUCCAGCCCGCUAUUAUCACAGCAGGAUACACCUAGUGAAGUGGUGUGUAAUCCCAUUUCCUCACAAAGCCCUAAGAGAACAGAGAUGGUUUCCGUCAGUGGUGCCAAAUCCCUGCAAGGCCCUGAAACUAUUGAUAGGGAUAUACUUGUUUCUGAGAGAAACAGAGAGGAUGUUCAGGGCCUGACUGAAGAAAAGCUCAGAUGGGGGGAAAUUCUCAGUACUGCAGCCCCUCUUCUUCCUGCUGCUGGGAUAGCAGGAGCAUCUAUGGAGGUCCUCAGUGAGGCCGUGACAAGCUUAAGCCGUUUCCAGUCUGACAGUGACACCGUCACCUCAACACCGCCUAAAACAACAAGCCAAGUGAAACAGUUUACAAAGCAGAGUGCAAUUAUGCAGCCUUCCUUUUCCUCAUCAUUGUCACAUUUUUCUUCAACAGAAGCAUCAAAUCCACCAGAGGAAAGAAAAGAUGUUCAGGUGAGUGUCCUGUCAGGGAAUACAGACAAACAAAGUAAAGAUACCACUAACCAUCAGUCACAUGUGAAAAGUGACCUGUCCGAGGAGAUCAAUGGUAAAGACAAUUCACAGACAGAGGUGAAGAACAGUGACUCAGAUAUGGAAACAUCCUGGCAAGAUGAUGAGAAAACCUACAAACCUGAAGAGGAUGAGGAUAACGAGGGAACAGACACACAUAUCGAAGGUGAAGAGGGAAGGAGCGGAAGCGAUAUGGCAGAUGAAGAAGAAGAGGAGCAGGAGGAAAGUGAAAGCAGCGAUAACACAGAAGAGGAGAAUGAGACUAUUUCUGGGGAGGGUGAGGAAGAGCAAGAUGCGGAAACUGCAGAGAAAGAUGGUGAGGAGAAAACAGGCUCCAGCAGUGAGGAGGAAGAGGGGGGAAGUGAGAGUAGUGAUGUCACAGAGGCUGAAAAGGAGGAAGAAGACAGCAGUGAGGAAACAAGUGAAAGAGGAUCUGAGGUAAGUGAAACUGCAGGGGAGGAAAGUGAAAGUGAAGACUCUAGUGAUGAAGAGAAUAAAGAAGAGGAGGAGAGUGAGAUGAGUGAAGAUGAAGAUGAAAGUAGUGAAGAAUCAGGGAGUGCUGGCACCAAGAGCAAGGAGUCAGAACAGGAGGAGGAUGGAGAGGGAAGUGAUACUGCACAGUCUGAUUCUGAAGGAGAAGAAGAAGAAGAAAAUGAGGUUAACACGGAGGAAGAAGGUGACACUGAGGAACAAAAAGAUGAUCAUGAUUCCACUGAAAGUGAGGAUGAGGAGAAAGACUCUGAGGAAGACGAAGAAACACAUAAGAGUGAAGAGGAAGAAGAUGAGAAAGAGGAUGAAGUGAGUUUUGAAAAUAAUGAGGAGGAAGAGGAAGACAGUGAGGCUGAUAAAGAGGAGGAUGAGCAAGAUGAAAAGAGCGAUACAGAGAGUGAGGAGGAAGAAGGGGGUGAGGAAGAAGCAUCUGGCACUGAAGCUGAGGAUGAUACUGCAGAGGAGGAAGAAAAUCCUGGUGAGGAAGCGGAUGCAGAAGAAGAUGAAGAGAGUGAGGAAGAAGGUAAAGAAGAGGUUACAGAGGAGGAAGAGGAAAAAGAAGGUGAGGAAGAAGAAACUUUAGAUGAGGGCGAAGCUGAGGAUGAGACUGUAGAGGAAGAAGAAAAUCCUGAUGAGGAAGAAGAGGAUGAGGGAGAAGCUGAGGAUGAGACUGUAGAGGAAGAAGAAAAUCCUGAUGAGGAAGAAGAGGAUGAGGGAGAAGCUGAGGAUGAGACUAUAGCGGAAGAAGAAAAUGCUGAUGAGGGAGAAGCUGAGGAUGAGACUGUAGAGGAAGAAGAAAAUCCUGAUGAGGAAGAAGAGGGUGAGGGAGAAGCUGAGGAUGAGACUGUAGAGGAAGAAGAAAAUCCUGAUGAGGAAGAAGAGGGUGUAGGAGAAGCUGAGAAUGAGACUGCAGAGGAGGAAGAGGAUGAGGGAGAAGCUGAGGAUGAGACUGCAGAGGAGGAAGAGGAUGAGGGAGAAGCUGAGGAUGAGACUGCAGAGGAGGAAGAGGAUGAGGGAGAAGAUGAGGAUGAGACUGCAGAGGAGGAAGAGGAUGAGGGAGAAGCUGAGGAUGAGACUGCAGAGGAGGAAGAGGAUGAAAGAGAAGCUGAGGAUGAGACUGUAGAGGAGGAAGAGGAUGAGGGAAAAGAUGAGAAUGAGACUGCAGAUGAAGAAGAGGAUGAGGGAGAAGCUGAGGAUGAGGGAGAGGAAGAGGAGAAUGAAACAAAAUCAGAGACAAAAACUAUAAGUAAGAGAGAAGAAACAAAACAAAAAGAGACGCGAACUAUUGGAGAGAAAGGCAAUGAUUCUGAGGAAAUUGAAGAAGAGGAAAAUGUGAAAGAAAAUGAAGCAAACACAAAAGUGGAUGAUGAAGAAGAAGGUGAGGAAGAAGAAGAAGGAAAUGAGGAAGAGGAAGAAGUGGAGCAAAGGAUCAAAUCAACAAAUACAAAAAAAUCAGACAGACAGAAGUUGCCUCCUGAUGUUUCUCCUUCAGGCAGAAAAGACAAAGAACAGAAAGAAACACCCAAACCAGCACCAAGGAGGAAGCAGGCGCCUGCGGGACAGAAGAAACCAGAGGACUCUCAGCAGUUCUGGAACGACGUUCUGCCACAGUAUCUGGACCUGCAGUGAAGCUAUCAAACAGUAAUGUAACUGCAAGGACACACAAACUCAGCACCAACAGCAAUCAGCUGCCAGCAAUCAGUGACCUGCUCACUGUGAGUCAGCUAAAAGUAUGUUUUUCUUAUUGAUAAAACCAAAACCAAAACAAAUGCAAUUACCAACCAACAAUGCAUUAGUCUGCCUGAAUAUAACUUCCCAAUCCUGUCCUGUUGCACUAAGACCAAAACCCAUUUAUUUGUACUUAGAGAAGCGGCUUGUGAUCGGAGGGUCACCGGUUCGAUUCCCCCACCGGACGGGCAGGAAAAAUUUGGGUGUGGUGGAGUGAUUAAUGCGAUAAAAUGCACCCCCCCACCCCCUUCAUUAGCCGGC